GUAAUGAUAACUAUUGUUAAAUCGUUUGAUUAUCUAAAAAAUUAAAAUAUUUCAAUGAAACACACUGCGUAUGAGUAAUGUUAAUUCAAAAUGGUUACAACUACAACAACAACAACGAAUAAUAAUUUACACAACAACAAUGGCGAAGAGUUUGACAUUGAUCAGGAUGAUGGUAUGCAGGAUUUGGGUUUGCCAGUAUCUGUGCAAACCUUUCUUUGGCGUCAAAUAGCACCUUUUAUCAGGCCAAGACUUGGUAAAUUGCAUGAAGCGAGUUGUAUGUUUUGUCAACAUGCACCAGGACACCAUGAAUCAAAAGAGGCUUGCAAGUCCUUUGAGAAAGUGCUUGUACAGAAUAUACAGUUUGGCUUAUCACCUCCAUUGACGAAAGCUUUGGGUGCCAUACAAAGAUGGCGCUUGUUACAAGCCGCCUUGCCACAUGUAAUGCACUGCGUUGCUGCUUUACUGCACAAUCGUGUCAAAGAUAUGCAGGCUAUUGGUGCUGUUGAAACAAAAUUGCUAUACACUAUGCAAUGGAUACUCCUUUAUGCAGCUGAAGAAUGUGCGGAUGAUGAGGGUGGCGAUGAAUUGUUGGGAGAACAUGAAAACAAAAAUAAGUCCAUAGAUCAAUAUUUAUUUUCAGUGCCCACAAUUACGCUUUUUGUGUACUUGUUUGCGCCAAUAAUUCAUCACUUGAAAGAAUCUGAUUUUCAAAAUUUCCGUUUGGAAAAUGGAAUUAAAUUGUGGCAGGGGAUGUGGGAUAAUCGUGCACCAGGUGCACCUUGUUUUACGGCACCGGUUAAGCCAAAAGCCAGAAAUUUACUAUGUGCACCUACUCCAAAAGGUUCCACAGAUGUAUUUCCAGCACGCAAGUUUUCGCUAAGUGCCGAUCCCAUAUCGCCAAAAGCCGAUUCUCCACCUAGUAUACAAUCCGAAUAUAAUAAACAAGACGAAGAGAGUUCUUGGGUUUCUUCACCAAAAGAAUUUGCAUUUCCUGAAACCAUACCCGAAGAAGCUUCCAGUGUUGAGGAUGAACGAGUAGUUAUCUUUCGUUUACCUUCGGUUCCACAUAUAAUGGAUAAUUCAUUCUUUACUGCUGAUGCUAGUCUCCUACAGCAACAACAGAGCCAAAGUCGUCGUGGAAGUCGUCAAUCUGUACACUCACGCGAUAAAGAUAAACAACCUGCUACCAAGUUUGAAUUUGAUCAACAGGAAUUAAUGCGUGGUGCAUCUAUGAAAGGAAAACGUAGUGCUUCAGUUGAUAAAGAAACUGAAACUGAUAGUAUGGAUAGUCUAAAAGCAGAUAUAUCUGCAGCUACAUUUUUAGAUGUUGCCGUACUGCGUUGUCUGUUCAUAUCGCAUUGGCAGGAAGAAGGUAUUUUCUGGAGCUUGCAAUAUAUGUAUAAUAGACUGAGUGAAAUUGGUGAAGAGGCCGCUAUAACACUUAAUCAACCACGCAAGCGUUCUAACUCUUUACCUAUACCACAAAUUGAAAUUUCACUAUAUCAAGGACCUGGCAGUAAUAGUCGUGAUAGCCCUGGUAGUUCAAUUGUUAAGGAUUACAUUGAAAUUCCUGAACCAUCUAUAACAACUUGUUUAGUCGAGGAAUCAAAUCCAUCAGCAGAACGACGCGGUAGUGAGAAGAAGAAGCGUGUUAAAAUGGCAGAUCUGCGUGCAUUUGUCGAGACCAAAAUGUUUUCGAAAUCCGAAAAGAAUCUAGAAAAAGUAGGCCUUGAUACUAAUUCAGCUAAUGGCAAGCGACCACUGCAACAUGCAGAAUAUCAUCGCAGCUUAGAUACCGGCGAGAAAAAAUUAUCACGGUCAGCUUCAAUGAUAACCCGCGAGCCAGCGAGUAAUCUCAUCAAAGGAAAGUCCAUGCCCAGUUUGAGAUUUUACAGAUAUGUAGAACCGCCUAAAGCUAUGCGACCAUCACAAUCGAGUGGACCACGCACAGCAUUCUAUCCACGUAACCCCAUAAUUACAGUGACAGAGCAUACACCGACACCUUCGCCGGAUUAUCUAAAGCGACAGGGUUCUAUUGACUCACAGCUGGAUGCGCUUAGUAAUGGUGGCAGUAUCAGUGGCUAUGGUGGUAAUGGUGGCAGUGGUAGUGGUGGUGCACCUACUGGUAGCAGUAGCGCACGUUUCCGUGGGCAAAUGUUGCGUUCGCAUACGGAUUCACAUAUAGAUUAUACAGGCGUUGAUGAAUCUGAAGCACCGGGCUCCUCUUUUUAUAUUACACGUGAUGGCGGUAUUGAUUAUGAAAUUGUGCUACUAGCGGUUUACAAUGUUUUUAAGAGAGACAUGACUAUCUGUUCACUGAGGGUACUGGAAGCUGGUUUAAAUAUUUGCGAACUUUUGUUAGAAAUGGGUGUAUUGAAAUUGGGUGGUCAUGCACAUGAAACUGCUAUGGGUAUUAUUAGAAGAGCAUUACUUAUUUUAGGUUGCCCAAAUGGUUGUAAUGAUGGGGUGCGUGGUCCUCCAGCAGAUUUCCUACGUAACCAAUGCCAGAAGAUACUUUCUCGUAUGCUACGUCAAGCAAAUCAGCGCACAAAACGUUACUUGCAACAAAUGGUGAAAACAACGCAGCUUCAGGAGUUAAUCGAUUUCUUCCACGCUUUCGUGGCAUUCUGUGUGGAUCCAAGCUCUCUCUUAUCACCGCUGACUCAUAAACGUACGAGUGGAUUAAAAAAUGUUAACACCGAUCUUGGCGGUGGUAUAUCAUCAUCAGGCGGUCAGGGUGGAUACUCAACCAAUUUCAGUGGAGGCCUAAGUGGUGGACCGGAAUCUCAGGUUAUAGCUGCCGUAUUCAAGCCAUUGGUUACACGUUUUGUGGAUGCUUCCAAGGAUUUGAAAACAGCUGAAAAUACUCCAUUGUAUAGUGAUGUUAGACAGUUGGUGACAUAUGUAAAGGGUGCACAUGGCGGACCUUUCAGAUUGGUAGCUUUGAGUGGCAUUUUGGCUGUGACACCACGUCCCCACAAGAAGGGACCAAUAUCACAAACUACAAGAGUAAUAAGACAUAUACCACAAGCUGAGAUCUCCCAAAAUAUAACAAACGAUGAUAAUCGCUCACAACGAAGAUUUUUAUUAAAAAAACGCAGUACUUCAUCGGCCUGUGCAGUGAGCCUCCUAGAAACAGAGCCUUGCGAAGAGCAUUACAAAACAAGCCAAUCACCGUUAAGUAAUUUUCGACGACGUACUACCGGUGUCAGACCUACACUUACACCACGUCAUAGCGAACGUGCACUAUUAUCUGAUUCAACUUCAAGCUCUGAACGCAAUUCACUUGGUCGUCUCAGUGGGCUAGUGCGUUGGUUUCGUGGUACACCUAAAGAGGCUUCAUCGAUUGAUUUGGAAAUCGGUUCACUAAAUCCUGAAAUCACAUCAACUUUUAUUAGACAUGCUUCACUUAAAAUACAACGUGGACGUUCUAGUGAAGGUAUUGGACGUUCUAUACAACGAGCAAAACGUCGUGUAGAACGACGUCUAAAUCGUUUUGGCGGUAUUGUUAAGGGUAAGAAAAAAGUUGGUGGUAUUGAAGAAACUGCAGACUAUAGUCGACGCAGUUCAUCUGAUAUGUGUGAUGGUCCACGUGAGUCGGAAGUUGUGGUAUUAAAAGAACGUAAAUUAAUACCUUUAGAACCAGUACGUUUGGGCAUGUUGCGUUUAUCAUUCUUAUUGGAGACUUGUGCACCAGGUUCAUUUCCAGAUCCACAACUGGUAGCAGCUGUUUUAGAUUUGCCACAAGCACCACUUGUAACGCGUGCUACUUUUCUAUUGGAAUGCGCUCAUUUUGUGCAUCUUUGUAAUAAAGGACAAUGGCCAGCUUGGAUGAAGCAGAAUGUUGGUGGUUAUAGACAAUCUGGUACGAAUAUUAAUGUUAACCAAACAAAACAACAAAUGAGUACGACAAGUACUAGAAGAACACAUAUACUGCAGCGAGCAGCUGGGAAAAUGUUUCAUCAGUGGGCCGAAAUGAUUGGUGCACGUUUAGAAGAAAUUCUUUUUACCGAGCGUUUACAGUUUGAAUCAUUAAAUGCAAGCUUAAGUGAUCCGGAUAAACAACGCGAACUACUACAACAAGAUGAAGAAGAAGACUUUUUGGAUGAAACUUCAGUGAAUCCACACGGAAACGAUUGUCCACAUGCUUUGAAAUUAAUAGCUUGUGUUUUACUUUUCGAAAUUACCGCAUUUCUAAGAGAUACGUAUAUAUUAUUACCUAAAGCUUCGAAACUAUUGCACAAAGAUAAGCCGGCACCGUGGGAGAAAGUAUAUCGUGAGGCGAAUCGUCGUUGGUCUAUGGCUUUAAGUUCUAUGGGUCAUUCACAGACAUCAGCGCAAAGCUUACAGUCGAUUGCUGCCGGAAAUGAAGGUGGAGGCGGUCAAACUGAACGUAAAAUAUCAUUUGUACUACAUGAACCAGAUAAUGAAUCUGAAAAUAGUAGCAACACUACAUUAACUAAAGAGGGAGAGGAAGCUCGACGUCCUACAGCUUCUGCAGUACGCCCAUUUUUAUUACGACGUGGUACGGCAACAACCACCGGUGGUUCUUUUAAGCGUAGAUCCUUAAAACUAAGACGAAACACAAAAGAUGGCAAGGAUUUGGAAGCAGAUUUCAAACGUGUUGACUCUAUACAAUCACGACGAAAAGUAUCCUCUUUAUCUGAUCGUAGUGACACUUCCGAACAAGGUAUGGUGAGUGGUGGUGAAGAAUCUCCAGGUAUAUUAAGCGAUGAUCAACAGCCGGAAUCUCCGACGGAUUCAAACGAAACUGACGAUACAGCUAAAAAUAUGCCCUGGCUUAAAGCAAUAAUAGAUAUUAUAACAAGUUAUAAUUAUUAUUGUACUCAUAAAGGGUUCUGUCAUCCUUAUUGCUACAAACGACAUAUGAGAGCUUGUUCACGUCUUAUCAAGGCUGCGCGUAAAGUUUAUGGGGAAGAGUUCGGUUAUACAUUUGAUGCUGAUCACCCAACUGUAGAGCCAAGUACAUCGGCAGCAGCAAAAGCACAUCAAACAAGACCGCGUUCAGCACGUAAAGUCUCUGAACAAAGCUCUACACAAACUUCACCAUCUAAGCGCAAGGAUAGCCUAUGUAAAAGAGAUCGUAUUAGUGAUGAACCUAAUGUAGACAUGGCUGAAAAGUUAGCUAAAGCUUUUCGCCAGGAAAAAGAGAAGAAGGAUCAAGAAGAACCACAUAUCCUUAAAUUUUUACGUUUUCAUAUACGCAGUUUAUUUCAUUAUCCUUUUGCUACUAUGCUCAAGGGUGCGGUUAUACUGACCGAAGAAAUGGUUAUUGAAGCUAUGCCAGCUGCUUGGGAAUUACUGCUUGAACCUAAUCAGGACACAGCAUCUGCAAGUGCGGCAGUAUUUUUGAUGGGCUCAGUUAAAGCACAAAACUUUGCUUUUGAUAUAAUGCAACGUGCUCUGAAGAAUAAAGACCCAGAUAUACGUAUAGGUGCCAUACAGAGAUACUUAGUACUUUGGAAGAGUCGUUUCCAUGUUUGGCCACGCAUGGAAGAUAAUGCACAUGACUUUACAUUUAAAGUACCACCUGGAGGUAUUGAAUUCACUUUGCCAUCACCUAAAAUUGGCAUUGAGAGUUUACCAGUCGUAGAUCCACCAUGGUUACCAGUACAACAAACGAAAGAUAUGGACGUUACACUAAAUCAAGAUCGACAUCGUUCUCUUGUCACUGCUACAAAAAGUCGUAAGAUGCAACAAACUGAAGCUAUACGUAAUGCCUUACGUCAGCAACGUGAUAAACAACGCGCAGAGAGACAUAGUUUUCUGAUUACAACGAUACCAAUUAAUCAACAAGCUUCGCAUGAACCUGGCAUGGAGCAUGAGGAUCAUGAAAUUGAAGUUGAAGAUUUGGAUGGCACACGCAUGUCAUCACAUUUGCAUCAUGCACAUUCCUUGUUUCCUUCAGUGUUAUGCUCUUCCGUCAUGCAAAUUGUGAGCUGUCUUGAUGAUGCCGCUAUAGGAUCGGAUGGAAAUGCAGUUUACGAAAUUGCUUAUGGGGUUAUCUGGGUUUGUUUGGUUGAAGAAUCUGCACUAUUUUUGCGUUACGUAUUCGAACGUUUGACACGUGAUCGACAGGAUCAAAUGUUUAAACUGCUACGUCAUCUAAUAAGAUUUGUGCCUAGACUACCACAACAAGCCGCCUUUGCUUUAUAUAACUCCAUAAUUGGUUACAUUAUGUUCUAUGUCAGAUCAUCAAAUGAACACAAACAAGAACUCGUUGGUUCCGCACUGUCAGUUCUUUGGAUGGUAGUGCAUAGCGUACAUGGUAUUAUGUUUAAAGACCUGAAACAAAUAUUGCGUAAGGAACAAUGUGAUGCUUCCAUACUACUCACAGCAAAUGUACCUGCAGCUAAAAAAAUAGUUGUACAUGGUCCCACAGAUGAUGACUGCAAUAUACCCUCACAAUUUCCAGUACAAGAGGAUACACUAUUCUGUCAAUUAUUAAAAGAAGCCUUAGACUAUUAUCCAGUGGAUGAGAAAAAUUUAACCCAUUAUUGUUUGGUUGACUAUAAAAGCAAUAAGAUACUUAACCCGAACUGGUAUAUACGUGAUCUUUACUUUUUUAAACGUUCGCAAUAUCCUGAAGUACGUUUGAUGCUAAUGAAACCGGACGAAUCUUUUCUAGCUUUACAAAAACAGGAAUUGACUAAAAAAUUUGUGGAAAUCGGAAAAGUACAUCUAACAUGGGCUAUAUUGAAAAACGUAGAUAUGGUGGUACAACGUGUGGUAUUUUUGCAUGAAGAACUUAUGAAAUUGCCUUCGUUUCCACGUAAAGCCUUAGAAGUUGAUUUGGAUUUAAAUCAUGGCGGUGAAUAUGGCAAGGUACUUCUUGGUCUGGAUGUGCUGCAUAAAUUUAUGUGGGUACGUUUGAUAGCACGCAUGUUUGAAGCUAUGGCUGGCAAUUUUGCCUAUUCGGCAGAUAUACAACUAUUCUUAAAUGUACUUUCUGGUGCAGCUAUAUUACAUGCUGAAGAUUCUUGUAUAAUGCGUUAUGUUAUGGCUACAUAUAUUAAUGCUGCUUUUAACUUCAAAAACAUAUUCUCCACUAAUGGUUACUUUAUGAUUAUGCCGACUCUCUUACAAGUUUACUCUCUACAUCAAACGAAUAAACUUAUAACAACGACGAUUGAAUAUGCGGUCAAGCAGUUCUAUUUAUUGAAUCGUAAACCAUUCAUAUUACAAAUGUUUGGUUCAGUCUCAGCUAUUUUGGAUACUGAUGAGGAUGGUACUUAUGGAGAAGCACACAAAGUACAAUCAAGCUGCUUGUUUAACUUACUUUUGAGUUUAGAAGAUCCCUCACCGGAUCCUUUAAAUAUUGCUGAAUUGGUGAAGGAACCAAAACCACUGAAAGCCAUCGAUUUUUGUUAUCAUGAUGAGGACGGUGAUGUUACUGUUCUAGAUUGUAUCACAUUAUGUGUUAUGGUAGUUUCUUAUUCAGCUGAAAGCACUAGAGGAUAUCAGAUGCUAAUAAUUCUGGAAGCCAUAUUACCUUGUUAUCUUCAGCAAAUACAAUCUCCCAGCUACAUACCAUUGCAAGGAAAAUCGGAAAGAGAUAUUAUACUGCAGCUUGCUGUAGCUAUACGUACUAUGGUACACAAUUGUGAAGGUUUAGCUAAAAGCUACAACGGUCCAUAUCGUAACAGUCCAGAGCAUAAAGGUUCAUCACAACGAAAUUGUAGUCGUGGCCCACCUUGUUCACCCGGCUUGGAUUUCGAAGAGGAAUCACAUUCCAAAUAUAUUAGCGAUCCACGCACAAAAAAUAUGAUUGAUUCAGGUGAAGAUUCGGAGAUGAUACGUACCGAAUACAGACGUCCACGAGAUGUGUUACUCUCCGUGGUUGGUGAUUUUCUGAGUAAAUCGACUACACGCCUACAAGAACUCUCAAAGAAAUUACCGAACGAUAGCAAACCAACUGAAGUACUUGACGCUAAAUGUCAUAUACGUUUAGCAGAUAUAGCGCAUUCAUUACUGAAAGUCUCACCAUAUGAUCCCGAAUCUAUGGCUUGUCGUGGCUUACAAAGAUACAUGCAAGCUAUAUUACCGCGAGCCGAAUGGUCUAAUGAUGCUUUACGCAAUGCUUUAGUAACCAUAUUACGCAGAAUUGAUAAAGUAUUCUUAAAAAUAUCCAAAAAGCCAUCAAUACGCCGCAACACAGAUUGGGAAGCAGCAGCUGGACUGCUGAAAGGCAUACACGAAACUAUUGUACGUCAUCCUUAUGUGUUGCAUUGGCAACAAAUGAAAACUUUAAUUAGUACCGUGCAAAAUCUUAUUGUCAAUGAACCUGGUUCAGCGGUACCAGAGGGUGUAUCAAGCGCAGGUGCUGCUCUCAUGUCUCAGAAUCCUCCCGCCUUCUUCUGUUCAACUGUAGUCCGUUUAGUUGCUUUACAGGUCGUCAGUCCUGUUGAUUGCUUUUCAUUGGUGCAAAUAUGUGGUGGUAGUACUGAAUUUGCCACACAAGAGAAGGCUGAAGGUUUUCUAAUGCAUUUGAUUAUGCCACUGUGCUUGAAAGUUUGUUCUGGACGUGGUGUAUCCGAUAUAGGAGAAUUAAAAAUGGCUGAUGUGUCCUUUCUGUUGACUGCAGUGUUAAAUGCUAUGAGCCCACCGGCUGGUCGUACUGGACAAGCAGUAUCACAGAUUAACCGUGUGGGUGGCGAUUUACGUGCUGGUUCGCUGACUUUUACAGGUAGUCGCGAUGCAAAACGUCCAGCAAGAAUAUCAGGUUCUCUAUACCAGGCAGCAUUUCUAGCGCUAAGAAUUGUAUGCAUUUGCUUUGAAAAUCGUUUAUCAACAGAAUGGCCGCGAAUUGUAAGAGUUAUGCGUGAUUUAGGACGACGCAAUGAAGCAGCUCCGGACUUAUGGAGUUUCUUAGAAUUUGUAGUAACACAUCGUACACCAUUGUACAUAGUGCUUAUGCCAUUUAUAUUGCAUAAGAUUGCACAGCCACCAAUUGGUGAUCAUGAACGACACAUGCAGUUCAUUAUAAGAGAACGGUUACGUGGUACACCACCACAAGGUGGCAUCAAAUCUAAAGGUGCUUUAUUACUAGAAUUGGCUAGAGAGCUAAAAGACUUACGAGAUGAGUUAGAGGAAAAGCGUUACGAUCGUGAAAGUUCAGAACAGAAGAAAAGUGAUACACCAAUUGCAGCAAGCGUUGCAGAUCCACAUAAAUCUCAACAACGUCCCUCAUUAAUAUCAAUUUUUACUGGUACCACAACUGGUCAAAUAACACAUUCACAUGUCUCAGCUGUGCCCAUUGAUUCGCGAAGCGGUUCAGGCGGUAUAUGCACACCAAGUGAUACACUUUCACAACAAACUUUACAUCCGCCGAGAGAAUCACUCUCAAGCAGUUCUACGGGACGCGAACAUCAUACAAGUGAUAGCCAAAGUGGUGAAAAUGCAGCAGGUUCUGCACCCACACUUGGACACACAACUAUAACUGGUUCUAGUCAUGCUACGAGUUCAACGAUAGCAUCGGCUUUACCACCAGGCAUUGCAUCUCAAUUAUCACAUUCACAGUCCUUGCAACAAGCGCCAUUUAAAGCACAACCACCGAAAUUACGUUUUGUUUCUUCUGUUGAAUUCCGACAUUCAUCUGGUGAAACUUCAACUACACCUUUGUCACCGGAAAGUCCUGCGGAAGAUAGCUCUGGUGAUCAUACACGUUCACGCUUACAACGUUCAAAGGCAUCUAGUCGUAAAACGUUUAGGUUGAAACGCAGUCGCUUAACACCGAUGGAACCUCCUAGUAUUGUUGCCGCACUUUCUCAGGAAGAACAUCCGAAAACAAUUGGUGAAAUAUCUUGGGAUUCAGUGUCACAAACUUCUUCCACAUCUGGCUAUCGAGAUAAUAAUAGUUUACAGACUGGGCUUCUAUCACCAGAUGGUUCGUUGGGUGGUAUGACAUUGGGUCGCUCACCAUCACAGCAUUCACUCUUAAUGGUAUUCGAAGGACAAGAUGAAGAUACUCUUAUAUAA